AUGGAGUGGGGAAAUGGUAGCAGAGUAAGUGAAUUUGUGUUUCUGGGGCUUGCUCAGUCCCCAGGCCUGAGCUUGGUCCUAUUUCUCUUUUUAUGUUUCCUGUACGUGACCACUCUGCUGGGCAACCUCCUCAUCAUGGUCACUGUGAGCUGCGAGUCCCGCCUGCAGACCCCCAUGUACUUCCUGCUCCGCAACCUCUCCGUCCUGGACAUCUGCUUCUCCUCCAUCACCGCCCCCAAGGUCCUGGUGGACCUCCUUUCGGAGAGAAAGACCAUCUCCUUCCGCGGCUGCCUCACGCAGAUGUUUUUCUUCCACCUCCUCGGGGGCGCGGACAUCUUCUCCCUCUCGGUGAUGGCCUUUGACCGCUACGUGGCCAUCUCCAGGCCCCUGCACUACGUGAGCGUCAUGAGUCGGGGGCGCUGCGCCGCCCUCGUCGCGGCCUCCUGGGCGGGGGGCUUCGUCCACUCCAUCGUGCAGAUCUCCCUCCUGCUGCCGCUCCCCUUCUGCGGCCCCAACGUCGUGGACGGUUUCUACUGCGACGUCCCCCAGGUCCUCACACUCGCCUGCGCUGACACCGCUGUCCUUGAGCUCCUGAUGAUUUCCAACAACGGCCUGGUCACCACCGUGUGGUUCGUCCUGCUUCUUGCGUCCUACGCAGUCAUCCUGACCAUGCUGAGGUCGCGCUCCGGGGAGGGCCGGGGGAAGGCCGUCUCCACCUGCACCGCCCACAUCACGGUGGUCACCCUCCACUUUGUGCCCUGCAUCUACGUCUACGCCCGGCCCUUCUCCGCCCUCCCCGCCGAUAAGGCCGUCUCUGUGACCUUCACUGUCAUCUCCCCUCUGCUGAACCCCCUGAUCUACACCCUGAGGAACCAGGAGAUGAAGGCGGCCAUGCGGAGGCUGAGGGCAAGACUCGGGCCUUCUGUAAUGAAGUAG